GUAAGUGGCCACCAGCCUAUCCUAAGUUAAGGAAUGUCAAUCAUAUCAAACAAAGAGGGAUAUAUAUAUAUAUAUAUAUAUAUAUAUAUAUAUAUAUAUAUAUAUAUAUAUAUCAUAUAUAAACUUCUGUUGCUGUUAGGACAGUUCACUGUAGAGGCAGUAUGAAGUUAUUAAGGUUUUGCGCAGUCUUAGCUGUCUUCAUUAAAGCGGAGACUUACUCGCUGUUAACUGAUAUUGAGGAUCAGAACUCCACUGCUUUGGAAGGUAACCGGCGCGAAAUAAAAGAUGUGGAUGUCUUACGGCAGAUCAUCAACCAGGAAACCGUGAUUCGCUUAGCUCUGACCAAGAAUGUCCACGCACUGUUGAACGAUAUUCAGACCAUGAAGCGAAACAUGGUGUCCACCGAGACCACGGUAUCAAGUCUUCAGCAGACGAUAGCUGCAUUGAAAAUACGUAUGGACACUUUGCAACAGGAAAAUCAAAAGCUUAAGGACGGUAAUAUGAAGUGUCAUCGUAAGAUAGAGGAAUUUGAAGACCACUUUAACAUUGUCGACAAAAACAUUACAACUAUUACUGAAAACCAAAUUUCUAUUGUAAGACAAAAUGAUGAGAAAAGACAAAGCAUCGUUAACAAAACGAAUAAAGUUGUUGGAGAUAUUAAAAUGGAAGUGCGAUACCUCUCUGUGACACUUUUAGAUUUAAAGGAGAAGAUUGAAAACGAAAAUAAAAUCAAAGAUGAGAAAAGUCGUGAAAUUGAAAGUCUUUGGAAUACAUCAAUUGAACAUCUGAAAUUUGAACAAUCGGAAACUAGAAGAAAAUUCAGCAACUUAUCGGCAUUGAUCAGGCACUUACAGGAUUCACAAUCAGAAAUGAACAGAACUUUAAUGGAAAACCUGAACAAUACCGUGAUUAAGUUGGAGAGUCAGGCAAAGAAGACAACAGAUGAACAGCUCAAAUUAUCAUCUGCGGUUUCAUCGUUAGAGGUUUUCAGGAUGAAUGUUUCAAAAUCAAACUGUGAUAACGGAUUGAAUGUGGCCUUUACUGCCGGGAUAAAAUCGGGUGAUCGUAGCUGGACUGGGAGUACUCUCGUUUUCCCCCAUGCCAUCUACAAUGAAGGAGGGGGCUACAAUUCUAAUACUGGUGUCUUCACUGCACUCUCUGCAGGGACUUAUGUCUUCUAUAUUUCUGUUCAAUCUGCCUCUCAGAAAUACAUUUCUUUUGAUAUAGUGUUAAACGGAUCUACGAAAGCUCGGGCUUUAGCCUGGUAUAACAGUGGGUCUAAAAUUCAGAUUCAUCAGACGGGAACUAAUCUUGUUGUUCUGCCUCUACAGAAAGCUGACAGAGUGUGGGUGAGGCGGGGAGGAGGUACUGGGUACUACAGUGAUGGUGGUCAUAUUACGACCUUUUCCGGAUUUAAAUUGUUCUGAUUAAGAAAUAACUGGAAGUUAAGCAAUACUUACAAAAACUACUCACACCAUUGUAAUUAAUAACUGUAUAUUAUUUCUUUGAAAAAAAAUAUCAUUACAUCAUCAGUGUAUAAUAACUGUUCUCCAAA